UCCUCCAAAAGGUUUGUGCAUGUUUAUGGUGAAGAAAGUGAUCGGUAUGAGGAAAUGUUAGGUUUGGAAAAUGGAAUCUCUCUCAUCUUAUCUCUCCUGUUCUGUUCCGUUCCCAAGCCCAUACACCUCACCUCACCACUGUCUCUUGCUCUAUAUUUAUGAUUCUACUCAGAGACCUUUUACACCUCCUUUCAACUCUUUCUUUGAUCAGUUGAGACUACAAGAUCCAAACUCAUAAUCUGUUCCCUGCUUUUUAAAUUCCCCUCUUCCCAUUCUACUCUCUCCUCUGUUACACUGUUGUACCAUUUGUUCUGAUAUUCCCCAGGUAUAUAGAUGGAAGAUGACGUAAAGGUAGCCAAAGUUGGAGAAAGCCAAAGAGAAGAUUCAUCAAGAGUUUUUCCAUGUCUAUUCUGUUCAAGGAAGUUUUACAGUUCUCAAGCUUUAGGAGGACACCAAAAUGCUCACAAGAAAGAAAGAACAGCUGCAAGGAAGGCCAAGAAGGCUUCUGAGCACUCAUGUGUUUCCUUCCCUUCCCCACUGCCAACCCCUAUGGUUUUUGCUCCAACCCAUCUAGGCAUUUUAAAUCCUGCAAUGUUCAUCACUGCCCAUGCAGCAAGACUCCCUCAUCUGCCAAGUCAUCAAAUUUCAGAACAAUUUGGAUCAAAUGGUGCACCUAGAUUUGGCAAUGCACUAUUUUACAGGGGAAGUUCAAAAAACAGGCUUCAUGAUGAUGGGAAGAGCUCUACCUUCUGCUGGGGGGACACAUCUCAACAUAUGCAAUUGUUAAGUAACAAUCAAAAUCUUGGAAUUUGGAAUAAUGGUACAGAGAAAGAUCAAAAGCUUGAUUUAUCUCUCCAUUUGUAAUGUAUAAACUGGAAAUGAGAAGGUGGAUUUUUCUUUGAGCUAGGGAAUUGCAGGACUAGUUUUUUAGGCCAACUGAGUGUGUUAGUCUUGGUAUGGAAUAAUGGUUUUCAUUUUUCGGAUUCAUAUUUAUACCUCACUUCCAAA